AUGGCUGCAGCACGGAGAGGCUCUCCCGCUGAAAUCACGGUCUUCAGCAACUGCUGGACGAUGCCCGCGGCCAAGAUCUCUCUGAAGGAUGCCAUGGACGUCUUCCUGACCCAUCUCCAGGAAGAUCGCGUGCCGAAGGACACGACCUCACAAUUCACAGAUCCCGCAAACUGUGCUUUUGCUUCCAUGCUCGGGAUCAGCAAGUUUGGCGGUAUGCUGCCUGAAGAAGGGCCGUUGGUUCGGCAGCUCGCGAACGCUUGGCCUGGCAUCUACAAAUGGAGCGUCUUCAUCUACUCCUCCCGGAUCGAAGGACUGGACCGUACAAACACCCGGAGACGCGGGGCGCUCGACGUUCUGUCUUCAUUCUGGUACUGCAUCGAGAGCCGCGAUGUCAUCCGCGAAGCGAUGCUGAAGACACCGAUGACGGUCGAGAUCGCCACCCGUCUCUGGCUUGAAGAGGAUGGCCAACCAAUUCCUUCGACACUAGACGCUCCCGCGGGAAGCUGCGUCCUAGGCAACCUGCUCAAAUUCGCCAACAAGGAGACCCUCGACCGCGUGCUCCGGAUGACCGGCAACAAGGCGGACGAAGUCGCGAAGCUCGCCCUCACACGUCUCCAGGCUGCUCUCAAGGGCCGGCAACUCAACGCCACACAUCUCACGAUCUACAUGGACUUCCUCAAUUCCAUCUCGCGCGUCUCCGCCCACCCCCUGCGCCACGCUCUCCUCAGCGCAAACGUGAUCUGGAUUGUUACUGCGGCACUCGUGCAGCUCUCCGUCACGGUCAACAUCUCCCCAGACCCCGGCUUCUUGGACGCCAUGAUUUCCGGGUUUGGCUACCUGCGAAACUGCCUUGAGUCCACCGACGGCUUCACGUGGGUCGCGCAAUCCGUCAACGCGGGCCUUCUGCAGGCACUGUGCGACUGCAGCCCCCGCUUCUCCGACCUGGACCCGGACGACUACACCAUGAUCGAGGACAUCGUGGACGACAUCCUUCCGCGCUACCUCAUCUACCGCUCUGUCAUCCAGGCGGUGGACUCGGCUCUGAUCAAGAUCGACCGUGGAUCGCACAAGGCGCGCGUUGAGAAGAGUAUCCUAGGAUCUUCUUGGAAGCGCUUCUACGAGUUCGCGCAGGAGCGCAUAUUCGUGUUGGCCCAGAUCGAUACUCAGAAGGGGAACGGUACCACUUGCGACAACGUAAAGUGUCAUAGAAUCGGUCCUAGGGAGCAGUUCCGCCGCUGCUCGGCAUGCCUCAACACCUUCUAUUGCUCCAAGGACUGCCAAGCAACAGCCUGGAAGGAAGGCGACCACAAAACCAUGUGCAAGCUGAAGCAGCGUGAGCGAAUGGAGGGACAGGCCGCGCCCGUAACCAAACGUGACUACCAGUUCCUGCACUACUUCUCCAUGUUCGACGCGCACGCACACCUCGCCGAGCUACGCGCCCUCGCGCGCCGCGACUUCCCCGACACCCCGCUGCACUUCUUCGUCAUCGCGAUCGACCACACGACGCGCCCGCCCAAGUACGCGCUGCGCGACAUCCGCACGUACACGCUCGCGCGGCACCGCGACGGGACGCCGAACGCGGAGGCGCGCAACGAGGCGCUCAUCGAGAAGGUGCAGACGCACCCGGAGCGCUUCACGCUCGUCGACAUGACCGUGUCCGCGGGGCAGGGCACGCACGUCGUGCUCGCGCUCGCGACGGGCGAUUUUUGGAAGGUCGAUGAGGGCGAGAGGGAGGAUGCGCGCGCGGUGCCUCGGCUGUCGAAGAGGGACGCGGAGCUGGGGCGCGUGGUGCGGCGUCUCCUGAGGGCUAUAGAAAAGGAUCCGGCGCUGAAGGCUAUCCUUGAUGAGGAAGACGAGUGA